AUGGCUUGCGCGAAGUGUUGUCGACCUCGGAAUGAUUUGGGAAAAGUGCUCAAGUGCAUGCCUCUGGCAGUUUUUGCGUUGAUCUUCGGUUUUGUUCAAGCGGCGUAUCCGAUCAUUACGAUCGUGAGUGUGCAUAGAGCGGGUCGUGAGUCGGAUGCUGCAAGUAUAGUGGCCUACAUCUUUGCUGGACUGCAAAUCCUCGUUGGUAUCUUCAUCAUCGCGAGCGUGCUUUUCAAAUGGCUGCCUGGACUCCGGAUUAUCAAAUCCAGUAAGGAGCCCGCGCUGCAUCAGCAACUGUUCGUUCUCCUUUCAGUCGGAGCCUUCUUACUCUUUUCAUGGGUAAUAUACAUAGCGGUCGAGAUCAUUGUGUUCGUCUGCCGUUAUGAGGGGGUCGGCGCAGAUACUAAAUGGAAUCCCAAGCCAACCGACUGGUCUCUACUCGGCUUAAGCCUCUUUGUGAUGCUGCUGUGUAUGAUCUGCACCUGGUAUCUCGCCUCGUCUGUGGCGUCUCUGGUCAUGGUCAUUGAGUGCGGUGGAAAUGGAUUCGAGGGUCUCAGCUACAAACAGCUCAAAACCGGAGUUCAGGGGAAAGCAUUCGCGGAACACCUGUCGGAUGAAGGUACUAUUUCAGAUGACACCGAUGACCCGGGACUUAUCUAG